AUGGGUUUUAAUACCAAUCUUAAAGAACAAGUUAUUACUUUUUUUUCUGCUUUAAGUUUAUCUAAAGAUUUUUUUAAUUUUAUUUGGAUUGCUUUUUCAAUUCUUAUUCUUUUAUUAACAAUUACAAUAGGAGUAUUAGUUUUGGUUUGGCUUGAAAGAAAGAUAUCGGCAGGAAUACAACAACGUAUUGGACCUGAAUAUGCUGGUCCUUUAGGAAUAAUUCAAGCUUUAGCAGAUGGCUUUAAAUUAUUAUUAAAAGAAGAUAUUAUUCCCUCUAAAGGAGAUAAUUGGUUAUUUAAUAUUGGACCAGCAAUAGUUGUUAUACCAGUAUUUUUAAGUUAUUUAGUAAUUCCUUUUGGUCACAAUAUUAUUUUAGCUGAUCUUAAUAUAGGUGUUUUUUUUUGGAUUGCUAUUUCUAGUAUUGUUCCUCUUGGUCUUCUUAUGGCAGGAUAUGGAUCUAAUAAUAAAUAUUCAUUUUUAGGUGGUCUUCGAGCGGCAGCUCAAUCUAUUAGUUAUGAAAUUCCAUUAGCUUUAUGUGUAUUAUCUAUAUCUCUACAAUUAUCUAAUAGUUUAAGUACAGUUGAUAUAGUUGAAGCACAGGCAAAAUAUGGCUUUUGGGGAUGGAAUGUAUGGCGUCAACCUAUAGGUUUUUUAGCUUUUUUUAUUGCCUCUUUAGCAGAAUGUGAAAGAUUACCCUUUGAUUUACCAGAAGCGGAAGAAGAAUUAGUUGCAGGUUAUCAAACAGAAUACUCAGGUAUAAAAUUUGGAUUAUUUUAUGUUGCUUCUUAUUUAAAUUUAUUAGCUUCUUCAUUAUUUGUAACAAUUCUUUAUUUAGGUGGAUGGCAUUUUUCAAUUCCAUUUUUAUUAAAUUCUAAUUACUUAGAGUGGGUUUUUAGCCAUGGAAGUAAUCAAGUUAUUAACAUAAUAAUAGGAAUUAUUAUUGUAUUAAUUAAAUCUUAUUUAUUUUCAUUUAUUGCUAUUAUGACAAGAUGGACUUUACCUAGAGUAAGAAUGGAUCAAUUAUUGGAUCUAGGAUGGAAAUUUCUUUUACCUAUUGCGCUAGGUAAUUUAUUAUUAACGGCGUCUUUUCAAGCUUUUUUAUUAUAA